AUGGUGAUGAUGGCGCAAAUGCUCCAACAAAUGCAUGUGGCCAACCAGAACACCAUGCAGCUGAUCCAACAGAAUCAGCAAGCAAUGGAGGCCAGAGACGCAGCGAUGAGGCAAGCUUUGGGCGUGCAGAGAGAAGAGACGACUGAGUCCGUGAGAGUGUUGAGUGAGUCCUUGGCAAAGCUGGCACCCAAGGACAAGUCAGGAGUGGUCGAUGUUAAAGGAGUCGGCAAACCUGAGGUGCUCCAAGGCGAGACAAAAGAGCAAAUAAAGCAGAAGUGGCCUCUAUGGUCAUUUGGUUUCACGACGUGGUUCGUAUCCCAAUACGAACAAGCAGAUGAGAUGUUGAAGUGGGCGGCAGCCUACAACGGAGUCGUGGAUGAUCGGGCGAUAGAGCUUGAAGUGGCCACCAGGCCAGGAUGGGAUGAUGCUGCUCGAGUGAACCGGCAGCUACACACGGCCUUGGUGUCCUUGACCAAGGGUGAGACUCUGUCUAUCCUACGCAAUUCGUUAGCCCAAAGUGGACUUGAUGGAUGGAGGCGACUUAGUCGAGAGUACGAGCCACAGACCGCGCAGUCCAACUACCACUUGUUGGCAAAAGUGUUGAGGCCUACAAAGGCCAAGGACUUGUCGAGCCUACGUGGAGCUAUCGAGCAGACUCGCGAGCUACGAUGCUAUGAGGGCUGCAAAGGAACUGGCGGAAAGAACGGAAAAGGCAAGAAGUCUGACGGCAAAGGCAAAGGGUCCUGGAAAGGAUCCAACAAAGGUAAAGAUUCCAAAGGCAAAGGAAAGCCUGGGAUUAAGUCUCUGGAAGGAGAGGCGCAGGACUCCAAAGAAAAGGGUGCUGAGGCUGAAAUCCAAGCGAUUUUCGUCCUGGAGGAGAGCAAGCCUAAGUCCGACGAGGAAUCCAGUAGAGGAAAGUCCACCGGUGAAGGCCGAGGAAAAGGAACUGGGUCAACCGAGGCGUUUAUCCGCUCUCUCCUUACCAACCUGAAGUCGGUGGAAGCGCGAGAGAUUCACCGAGCCAAAGUCGAGCUGAGCAAAGGAGGAUCCGACGAGGAUCGUCAACGGAAGUUGGAGGAGGAAAUCGCGGCAAGAAAGCAACAGCUUGAGGUCCUGAAAGGACGGAGUGCACGCUUCGAAGAAGAUCCACGGUACCGACAGGACAUCCGCGCUGGCCACAGCGUGCGGCUGUCCAAGCGAAAAUGGAAAAGCCGCGUGCGAGCGGCAAAGCACCGUGCGGAAGGGUCCACCGAAAGGGCCUUUGAAAGAAAGGAGCUUGACAACAAAUGGCACGCCAAGUUCCGCGGUUCGACCGAGGAUGUCGAGUGGAAAGCUGGGGUGGACACUCGCCGCCAACACCAGAUCGACCGAUACGGAGGUCGGUUCGAAGGAGACCGGGAGGACUUGCGGCCUGACUUGGUGAUGAGGGCUCUGAACUAUAAGGAGCGGAAGGAGAUUGAGGAGCCGAACCUGGAAAACCUUGCAGACGUGGCUUGGUCCAGGAAGGAGAUCAAGACCCUGUCGCAAAAUCUUGAAUCGGCAGAAGACGACCAGGAAGCCGCUGAGAUCGAAGAGGAGAUCAGGGUGCAUGAGGCCAAAAUUGCAUCUUUGAUGCCGAGCAACGAGCAGAGAGACGAGCCACCAUCCACCGCAUGUGGGAGCCGAGACGUGCCCUGCAACGACUAUGAGGAGGUGGUUGUCGAAGAGGAGCCUGUGGUUGGACAACCCGACGUCUCUGAGGAUGACGAUGAGACUUGGGGGAAAUGGAAACCGAGUCAAUGCUUGGUGGACUUGGGGUUCUCCAAACAGGAGGCCCAUCAUUUGGUGCGCCACUACCGUGACGAGGGCUCCGUGGAGAGCCUUGAGAUCUUCAGCGUGGACGAGCCGGCAAUCGACGGCGAAUGGGAAAAGGUCUACGUCACUGUCGACAGUGGAGCUGCUGUUACUUGCUUUCCGGAAUCCCUGGUCCAAGGUUACCAAGUGGGUGAUCACUCUGGGCCAAAGCAGUAUACCAGUGCUUCAAACCACGAAGUGACGGCGUUGGGAAGCGCCAGCCCUGUGAUCUGCUUUGAAGAUUGGCAGGUCAACAAGGUCGAGGCUGUGGUGCUGUCCCCUCUGAAGAGGCCGUUGUUCAGCACCAGCCGAAUGGUUGCGGCCGGAUGGAGGAUUGUCCACGACAGUGAAGAGAACGGAGGAUCAUUUGCCUUGCAUCGGGCAAGUGGAAGGAAGUUGAAGAUGAUCGUCAUGGGCGGUGUCUACAAGAUGCCCGUUUGGGUUAAGCGCAACCAUUUUGGCCAAUCCCACGGACCGGAUCGUUUCGAUCGUGUCCGAAAUUCUGACAUUGCACCAGUGGAAGGAGAAUUCGAAGAGGAAAGCCUUGUGCCUUCACCAAGUGUAAUGGAGGAUGAAUCGCAUCCGCCGCAGCAAGGAGAACCAGCAGGCGAGUAUGAGGAAACCGAGCCUGGGUUUGAAGUGGACGAAGAUGAGGCUCAAAGUGCAGGUGUCCAAAAGACCCCGAUGCUUCCAAGCCAAAGUGAGAUUGACGAGCACAACCUCACUCACCUGCCGUUCCGAAACUGGUGCCCGUUUUGUAUCCGUGGGAGAGGACUUUCUUCGGGGCAUUUUGCCCGCAGGAGUGUUGACGAACAGCAAAUUCCCACCAUAUCGGUGGAUUACUGUUUCAUGGGCGAUUCGGCCACAAGAAGUGCAGAUUUGCCUGUGAUAGUGGUCCGGGACAGAAGGACCAAGUCGGUGUGGGCACACCCUGUGCCUUCCAAAGGAGUUGAAAAUCCCUUCGGAGCCAACCAGCUGUUGAAGGACCUUGAGUCCACAGGGUACAAGCGUGUCAUCUUGAAAGGUGACCAGGAAAGCAGCGUUCAAGCUAUGCUGCAACGAGUUAAGAAUGGGUUCCAAGGGGAGUGCGUCCUGGAAGAGGCGCCUGUGGAAGCUCACGAAAAGGCCAACGGAGAAGCGGAGAGGGCCAUCCAAAUGGUCCAAGGAAUGGCAAGAACCCUGAAGGAGUUCGUGGAGUACCACGCCGAGGUCGAGUUGAAAGCUGACCAUCCUGCACUCACUUGGCUCGUGGAACAUGCAGCCACUCUACUUACUCUCUACCAAAAGGGAGUUCCAAAGGAUGGAAUGACUGCCUAUCAGAGGAUGAAGGGCAAGCCUUGGAGGGUACCAAUCCCUUCUUGGGGUGAACUCGUGGAGUUUCGACUUCGCGGUCGGUCAAAAAUGGAGUCGCGAUGGCAGCCAGGUAUCUUUGUGGGGAUUAACCGUAACUCUACAGAGAAGGCAGUGGCUACCCCCGAAGGAAUUCACUGGGUAGUUAGUCUGCGAAGAAAACCGGAGUUGGCCCGGUGGGAUGGUGCCAUGUUGAAAAAGAUCAGGGGAGUACCCUGGAACCCGGACGGUUCCGAGAGUGAAAGGUUGGACAAACCCUUGUCCUUAAAAGCAGAAGUUCCAGAGGUCGACGUUCGGGAGCCUGAGCCGUUUUGGCUCGAGCCCGCAAGUAGGAACUUGUACAUAACCCAAAAGAACCUUGAGAAGUUCGGCUACACAGCCGGAUGUCCAGCGUGCGACAGUGCACGAGUCGGUAAGAGGAAGCCCGGAAUAGCUCACAGUGCCAGUUGCCGGAUUCGACUGGAGAAAGCGGUCUCUGAAGACCCCGUGGAGAAGGAACGAUACGAUCGAGCCUUGCUGAAGGCGGCGGAAGCCGAGUUAGCUGCAGCGCAGAAGCAAAAGGAGGCUGAGAAAGCGGAAGCCGUGGUGGUCGACCAGAAGGAAGCUGGUGGAGCUGAGGCAUCAUCAGCAUCGGAUCCUUCGAAGUCUGGAAGGAUCGGACCUGCUCUAACGGCAAGGGCCGCUUCGGCCGCUGCCGGAGAAGAGGUUAGCAGUCCCAAGAGGUCAGUGGAGACUGGCCCAAUGACCGAAGAGAGGUCCCCGACUAGGAGGCGAGCCACAGAAGGCAGCCCCUCCAAGAGAAAGCAUGAGGGAGGAGGCGAAGAAGAAAUUGAAGCGUCGCAAGAGGCGCGUGUGGUCGACACUCGCGUGAUCGACACAGAAGCCUCGAUCAAUGAGUUGAUUGAGAUGCACCACGAUGAGUGCGUGUGUGCCAUAAUCGAUGAGGCAACAGAGCGGGGAGAGACCCGACCGGUGUGUGAAGAGCCAGAUUUCUUCGAAGCUCACUUCGAAGAAUUCUAUGACGAUAUUUCCGGGAGAGAACUAGACCCCGACCGGGUGGUCAAAGCCAGGAAAGAGGAAGUUGACUUCAUACGCAAGAUGGGCGUGUGGCAAGAAGUGGACAGACCCCGUGACAAGCCAGUGCUGAAAGGCAGAUGGGUCGACAUCAACAAAGGUGAUUCCACCAAUCCCCGAUACCGUUCGCGGUAUGUCGGCAAGGAGAUAAAGAAAGGCAGCAAGGGUGCCUUGGUAGCCGAUUUCUUUGCGGCAAUGCCACCUCUCAGUAGCUUCAAAUUGCUGCUGACGCUCGCUAUGGUGGAUCGGUUCUUCGGUGUGGAUGGGACG